UCAAAAUGGGUGUUGGAGUAAAACUUUUACUCUUGUUCAGAUUAUUUCUUGAAGUUGGUUUUGCUGCUGGAGAAUGCACAGAUAAGAUGGGAUUGGAAGAUGGAAAAAUUCCAAACUCUGCUUUAUCAUCUGCUAGUGAGUGGAGCGCUGCCUAUGCAGCGAGCAAGGGAAGGCUCAACCAUCAGAGCACAUAUAUUGCUAAGCGAAACGACAAGGGCCAGUGGUUCCAAGUGGAUUUUGGUAAGAUUGUCAAAAUAACGAGCAUCUUAACUCAAGGACGCCACAACGCCGCACAGUGGGUGACCAAGUUUAUGGUGUCUUACAGCCUUGAUGGAGGAUAUUUCAGUUUUCAACUUCACCAUCCUUACAGUGUUCCGCGGGAAUACUAUGCCAAUAGAGACCGUCUGACUAUCGUGGAAACCGAGCUGGACGAACCAAUCAUCGCCCGUGUUUUUCGUGUCCACCCAGUGGAAUGGUAUGGACACAUUUCAAUGAGGCUCGAGUUUGUUGGUUGCGACUCAGGCUUUAGGCCUCCAGUUUUUCCUAACUGCAUGGAUGGACUUGGAAUGGAAGAUCCAAAUAGAAUCCCUGAUUCAGCCAUAACUGCUUCUUCUUAUUAUAAUUCCAACUACAAACCAAGCCAAGGUCGUCUUUACCAACAGUAUGAUGGAGGCUCUGGAAGCUGGCUGGCCAAAACGAGUGACCAGAACCAAUGGCUUCAAGUGAAUUUAGGAGGAUGGAGGCAGGUGAUGGCAUUCUGCAUCCAAGGAAGGCUGGAUGCGGCCCAGUGGCUGACUAGUUACUCACUGGCAUUCAGUUAUGAUGGAGUCUUUUACAGAACUCUCCACGAGGGGUUCAAGGGAAACUCAGACCAAUUUAUGCCUGUUUGCCAUUCUCUGGGGCGAGGACAAGUGAUUGCACGAUAUGUGCGAAUUAUUCCGCGGACUUGGCAUGGACAUAUUGCCUUGAGAGCUGGUUUUUAUGGCUGUAAAUCGGGAUUUGAUAUCCCUAAAAUAGUGUGUGCAUCACCUUUGGGAAUGGAAAGCGGUGACAUAGAAGAUUCGGCCAUUGUAGCGUCGUCGCGCUAUAACCAAUGGUGGGGACCUGAGCGUGGAAGAUUAAACGAGGCAAAUGAUGGAAGUUUCCAAGGAGGUUGGAUUUCCCAAUACAAAGAUUCUAAACAGUUCCUGCAGAUUGACUUACAGAAGGUUACUAAGGUGACCAGGAUUGCCACUCAAGGCCGUUACAACGCUGGCUGGUGGACUAAGUCCUAUACCCUGGAAUACAGUGUACACGGGGGAGAAUUUUUACAAUACAACAAUGGCCAGGUUCUACAAGGAAAUAUUGACUAUACUUCUGCAGUAGGCCAUUACCUUGACCCACCCAUUGUGGCUCGUUUCAUCAAAAUCAACGUCAAUGAAUUCGUUGGUUAUCCGUCAUUGAGAGUGGAAUUAUAUGGAUGCACCGAAGGUUUCUCCGUCCCGAAGUCACCCCAGUGUAUGAAUGCCUUGGGCAUGGAAAACGGCAAUAUACCAGACUCCGCUAUCUCUGCAUUUAGCUCGGCCAACGUUAACAGCUAUGCUCCUUCUGUUGGCCGCCUUCACUUUCUUAGUGCUGGCAGCGGAAAAUAUGGCAGCUGGGCUGCCGGAGCCAACAAUGUAAACCAAUGGUUCCAGGUUGAUUUUGGACGUUGGACAAGAGUUACAGCUGUCGCCACACAAGGAAGACAGGACUACAAUCAGUGGGUUAAAAAGUACAGCCUUUCGUACAGUUAUAAUGAAGUAUUUUGGGCAACGGUUAAAAAUGAAGAUGGCUCAAAACAGGUUUUUAAUGGCAACUCUGACCGAUACACAGUUGUGAGAAACUUAGUGGACCGACCAGUUGUAACCCGUUACAUCCGAAUUUAUCCCGAAGAAUGGUAUGGACAUGUGUCCAUGAGAACUGAAUUUUACGGCUGCAGUGAAGGCGUUGAACCCCCUAAGAUCGAAUGUUUUUCGGCUCGGGGAAUGGAAAAUGGCGCGAUUCCAGAUUCAGCUAUUGUAGCAUCAUCACGUUACAACCAGUGGUGGGGACCUGAGCGCGGAAGACUGAACGAGAAAAAAGAGGGUAGCUUCCAUGGAGGCUGGAUCUCCCAAUACCAAGACGAUAAGCAGUUCCUGCAGAUUGACUUGCAAAGGGUAACCAAAGUGACCGGGAUCGCUACACAAGGGCGCUAUGACGCAGGUUGGUGGUCAAAGACCUAUACCUUGGAAUACAGUGUUCAUGGAGGAACAUUUGUACCAUACAUUAGUGGGAAUGAGGUUUUCCAUGGCAACUUCGACUACAAGACUGCUGUUGGCCGGAUUAUCGACCCACCCAUCAUCGCUCGAUACAUCAAAAUCAAUAUCAAAACAUUUCAAGGAUACCCCUCGAUGAGGGUGGAGUUAUAUGGAUGCACUGUCGAUGGUGAUUCAGUCCCAAAACCACCACAAUGCAUGGAGGCCUUGGGUAUGGAAAGUGGUGAGAUACCAGACUCCGCUAUCUCAGCAUCUUCCUCAGCCAACGUUAACAGCUAUGCUCCUUCCAUUGGCCGCCUUCAUUUUCUUAGUUCUGGCAGCGGAAAAUAUGGCAGCUGGGCUGCCGGAGCCAACAAUUUACUGCAGUGGUUGCAGGUUGAUUUUGGAGACUGGAGAAAAAUCACAGCUGUUGCUACACAGGGAAGACAGGACUCCAAUCAGUGGGUUAAGCUGUAUAGCCUGUCUUUCAGCUAUGAUUCUGUAUUUUGGGAAGUUGUAAACAACGAGCAUGGCUCAAAACAGAUUUUUAAAGGUAACUUGGACCGAUAUACAGUUGUGAGAAACACCUUGUACAGACCAGUUAUAACCCGGUACAUUCGGAUUCAUCCUGAAGAAUGGAAUGGACACAUCUCUAUGAGAACAGAGUUUUAUGGCUGCAGUAAAGGAUUCGAUCCCCCAAAAAUAGUUUGUGCAUCACCUCUCGGUAUGGAAAGCAACAUUAUUCCCAAUUCUGCCUUGAAAUCUUCGUCUGUCUAUAACCAAUACUUUGGACCUGAAAGAAGCAGGUUAAAUAAGAAACAGGAGGGAAGCUAUUAUGGUGGUUGGGCCUCAAAGCACGGCGACGUAGGUCAAUGGCUUGAGAUAGACUUAGGGAAGAUCACAAAGGUCACACAAAUCGCGACCCAAGGAAGAUAUGAUGCUAACUGGUGGGUUACGAAGUAUACCUUGACCUACAGUGAUGGAGGACAAUUUAAGUCUUACAAAAACGGCGAGGUGAUCAUAGGAAAUAGCGACAGGAAUACAGCAGAAGGUCGAAUUCUGGAUGAGCCAAUAAUAGCGCGGUACGUGCGAAUCCAUCCCAUGACUUGGUAUGGACACAUCUGCAUGAGAGUGGAAUUAUUUGGCUGCAGGGAAGGUUUUAAUCCAGGCCCUGCCGAAGAAUGUAAGAAAAUUCUAGGAUUGCAGAAUUAUCAAAUUCCGGACUCAGCUCUCAGUGCCUCUACAUCUUACAAUGUCAACUCCAUGGGUGCGAGAAACGGACGGUUGCAUUUCCAGGCAAAGAGCGGCCAGUAUGGUGCCUGGGCCGUGAAAAAUGGAAAGAAUGAUCCAUUUCAAUAUUUUCAAGUUGACUUUGGUAACUUUGCAAAGGUUACCGGUGUGGCAACUCAGGGGAGGCAAGAUGGCGCUUGGUGGGUGAAGACAUACAGUUUAUCCUUCAGCAAUGAGUGUGUUUUCUUUGAAGACUACAAAGAGGCUAACGUCAAAAAGAUUUUUAAUGGGAACACUGAUCGUUUUACAGUCGUUAGUCAUGACCUUAAGAUCCCAUUCAUUGCAAAGUGCGUCCGCAUAAACCCAGUCUCAUGGCAAGGGCUAAUUUCCCUGCGAGCAGAAUUCUAUGGCUGUAGAGAAGGUUUUAAAGAUCCUGAGAUUGUCUGUGUGUCAGCACUGGGAUUAGAAAACAGUCAGAUUCCAGAUGCUGCUAUUUUGGCCUCCUCCCAACACAAUAUAUACUAUGGACCAGAAAGAGCGAGGCUGCGUAAAGUUACACAAGGAAGCUAUAUCGGGGGAUGGUCUCCAAAGGCAUCCAACACAGGGGAAUGGAUACAAUUUGACCUUGGUGAGAAUACAAAAGUGACCAGGAUAGCUAUCCAGGGUCGCGACAACGCGGAUUGGUGGACAACUAGUUAUACCUUGUCCUCCAAGCUUGAUGGAGGGAGCUUUGAGCCGUACAGCAAUGGCCAGGUAUUAUUACAUGCCAUCUUUCUUACUUUGUCUCCGCAAAGGAUAUUUUCGACGUUGCAAAUGUUAGAAGAAAGUAAGGAACAUACCUUGAAAAAUAAGUUCAGAGCCACAUAA